AUGUCUGAUAGGCGCCGCAGAAGCCACGACGAGUAUACACGUGAACCGAUUGUCAUUGAAAGAAGUCCUCAGGUGCGUACAUACCGCAUCGUGCGAACGACCUCACCGGAGCGAGAGCGGCUGACGUCUGGAUCCAAGCUCUACAACCUCUUCCGGACUCGCACCAAGAGAGUCCAUAUCAUUGAAGAAGUCCCCGUUCGAAGUCGACGGCCAGAGCGCCGUAGCUGGAGUCCUCCACGCCCGCCUCCUUCGCCUCCUCGAGGCCCAUAUCACACCAUGUCGUCCAACCUGGAAGACAACAUCUUCACCCCUCUGCCCCCCAAGCUGCCACCGAAGACGACCAAGCCUCACAAGGAGGAUGACCCAAUCGAGUAUGUCGUGGAGAAACGGUCUCCGCGGCACCACAAGGUCAAGGUCAUCCACGAGCCUGCCGACGAUGAGGACGCCCAUCCAAAGGUGGAAAGUCCCUCUCCACCACGAAAGCGCGACAGCGGCAAGUACUAUAUGACCGGAGCACGCAUGGACGAUGAUCACGACGGCGCACGACGGGAAUAUGUGCGUGUGCGCCCCGAUCCGGAAGUCCAGAGGCUGCGUGAUGAUCUAGAGCGAGAAGAGCGUAAGCGACGACAGGCAGAGCUUACUGCCGCCGCCGCCAAAGAAAAGGCCGAUCGACUCAAGGCGGACCUUGAGUUCGAAAAGCGCCAGAGGUCUCUGGAGAAACGUGAAAGAGACCUUGCCGAGCGUGAAACCCGCCUCCACCAGGAGGAGCGAGAGCAUUUUGUGGAGACCCGACGACCACGAGACCACCAAGGCGUCGUGGUGCACAACCCGACUGCCGUGGUGCCUGCUCGUGAAACAAACCGAUCGGCUCUCGACCGGGCUCGAGAUGACUACGACCAUCUCCGCACCCAACAAGCUCGAGAGGAACGACGACCAGGGACCGGGGAUCGACGUCCGCGACGGCAAAGUAUCAUCAUCGUCGACGAUGAGCAUGAUCGAGAUCGAGACAGGAGACAACGACGAUAG